UUCCAUAACCAGAAGGAUCUGUUUGAUGCAGACCUACAACUUGGAAGCAAAAGUCAAACACUAAUGAUGGACAAUCUCUCUAGUGCAACUGAAUUCUGCCUUCUGGGUUUCCCUGGAUCCCAAGAGCUACACUACAUCCUUUUUGCCAUAUUCUUUUUCUUCUAUUCAGUGACACUGCUGGGAAACAUGGUCAUCAUCAUUAUUGUCUGUGUUGAUAAACGUCUACAGUCCCCCAUGUACUUCUUCCUGGGCAACCUCUCACUCCUGGAAAUCCUGGUAACAACUACAAUUGUUCCCUUAAUGCUUUGGGGUCUUCUACUCCCUGGGAAGCAGACAAUAUCUCUGAAUGGAUGCAUUGCCCAACUCUUCCUUUACCUCUCUCUAGGGACCACAGAGUUUGCAGUGCUUGGAGCAAUGGCUGUGGACCGUUAUGUGGCUAUCUGCAAUCCUUUGAGGUAUAACGUCAUCAUGAACAGCCGCACUUGCAUCUGGGUGGUCAUGGUGUCCUGGAUGUUUGGGUUCCUUUCUGAAAUCUGGCCAGUCUAUGCCACAUUCCAGUUUACUUUCUGCAAAUCAAAUCUCUUAGAUCAUUUUUACUGCGAUCGAGGCCAAUUGCUCAAAUUAUCUUGUAAUGAAACCUUUCUCACAGAGUUCAUUCUUUUCAUAAUGGCUGUUUUCAUUAUUGUUGGAUCCUUGAUCCCCACAAUUGUCUCCUACACCUAUAUCAUCUCCACCAUCCUCAAGAUCCCCUCAGCCUCUGGCCGGAAGAAAGCCUUCUCCACCUGUGCCUCCCAUUUCACUUUUGUUGUGAUUGGCUACGGCACCUGCUUGUUCCUCUAUGUGAAACCUAAGCAAACACAGGCAGCAGAGUACAACAGGGUGGCCUCCCUGCUGGUUUCUGUGGUCACUCCUUUUCUGAACCCCUUCAUCUUCACACUUCGAAAUGAUAAAGUCAAAGAGGCCCUUAGAGAUGGAGUGAAGCGUUGCUGUCUGCUCUUCAGGGAUUAGCUCUUCUCUCAGUCACUCUUAGGUGACAGGGCCUAGAAAAUCUCAACUUCCCUAGUCCAUUAGAGUUGUAGUAAACUCUGAAUCCUGGG